AUGGACGACAUGCUGCCGCCGCCGAUGACCCCGUCCGCCGCUGACCGGGGUCACCGACGGACUAACGGAGGCAACAAGGCCUUUCACAACUUUGCAAACGACUAUUCACACAUAUCAGAUCCCUCAUUACGGAGAAGAUUGGCACUGAGCGAGAUCGACAAGGUCCCCUUUGGCUUGUACCAUGUGAGAGCCAUUUUGGUUGCGGGUGUUGGGUUCUUUCUCGACUCGUACGACAUCUUUGCCAUCAAUCUCAUCACCACCCUGCUCGGCGUGGUGUUCUGGCAAGGACCUCCCAAUCAGACCGCACACGGGUACGGUGGCAAUAAUGGCGAGUUACCGAGUUCCGUCAACUCGGCUCUGAAAGCAUCGACCAGCGCCGGCAUCAUCAUCGGCCAGGUCGUCUUCGGCUGGUUGGCCGAUGUGUUCGGCAGACGAAGGAUGUACGGCGUGGAACUCGGAAUCAUCAUUUUGGCGACCUUGAGCGCUGCGCUCGUCUCACCAAGUCAGUCAGUCAGCUUCACCGGACUCAUGAUAUUCUGGAGGGUCAUCAUGGGCGUUGGCAUUGGUGGUGACUACCCACUUAGUUCCGUCAUUACCUCAGAAUUUGCGCCGACCCGCUGGAGAGGAGCCAUGAUCGCGGCCGUUUUCUCGAUGCAGGGUAUGGGCCAGCUGGGUGCUGCUGUCGUUGCGCUGGUUACCGCCGAAGGUUUCAAGGACUCAUACAUGGACGUGCGCACUCUCAGCGACUGCCAUGAUCGAUGCCAACUGGCCGCUGACCGCUCAUGGCGCAUCAUUGUUGGCAUGGGCGCGGUACCUGCCUGCAUAGCCUUGUACUACCGAAUCACGAUUCCCGAGACGCCCCGGUACACCUUUGAUGUCGAACAGGACGUCGAAAAGGCCGAUGCCGACAUCCGAGCGUACAUGGCGAGCAAGUCCAAGGGGGAUUAUGAUCCGGAAUUGCAGGCAAGGAUGAAGAAGCAAACUGGCCCCGCCUACAAUACACCUGCCGCGUCUUGGCCCGAUGCAUGGGCGUACUUCUCUCAAUGGAAGCAUUUUAGGAUGCUAAUGGGUACUGCCUUAUCGUGGUUCUUUCUGGAUUUGGCAUUCUACGGCCUGGGCCUGAACAGCACUGUCGUGCUGCAGACUAUCGGCUUCGCUGACGGCGACAACUUUUACGAAAGACUGCACAACCAGGCAGUCGGUCUCAUCAUUUUGGCGUGUGCCGGCGCCAUCCCAGGUUACUGGACAUCGGUGUUCACAAUAGACACCAUCGGCCGUAAGCCCAUCCAGAUUAUGGGCUUCUUCGUCUUGACCGUGAUUUUCUGCAUCCUCGGCUUCAUGCUUCACCAGCUCUCCGACGCCGUCUUCAUCACAAUCUACGUCAUCGGCCAGUUCUUUUUCAACUUCGGCCCAAACACCACAACCUUCAUCGUCCCUGGCGAGUGCUUCCCGACGCGGUACCGCUCUACGGGGCACGGGAUAUCCGCAGCAAUGGGUAAGGUCGGCGCGAUCCUAGCGCAGGUCAUCAGCAUUCCUCUGCUCGCCAAAGACGUUCCGGGCGAUUGCCACGGCGAUCACUGCGCUCCAUGGCUCGACCGUCUCCUGGAGUUGUUUGCCCUCUUUAUGUUCCUGGGCAUGUUAUCGUCUCUGCUCAUCCCGGAGACCAAGGGCAUGACCUUAGAAGAAUUGGCCGGCGAAACCCCGACUUCCUACAACCGCGGCCGCAAUGGCAGCAUAUCACACUACCCUCGCCAAAGCUCGAAGUGGAACCCGUUUUCUGGCGGCCAACCGGCGGGCUUCCACUACCCCCGCGCCAACAACGUCAAAGCUACCCGGGUCGGUAUCAUGACGUCCCCUGUCCUCCUCGCCGAGGAGCAGCGCCGGAGAAGAAGUCAGUCCCGGAUCUGGCGCAAAAGGAGGAAAGAACGGGGCGCAAACAGCAGCACUGGCGGUACGGAUGAGUACCCUAUGAGUAUUCGCAACAGUGGCGUCUCCUCAGCAUAUGGGCGGAGUAUGGGCGCCGCUGACGAGCAGAUGCCCCUGGACCCGGUCGCGUCCGGCGUGUUCCCGACUUGGGGCGCCGGGUGGGGUCGGGUGGAUCGCGGUGCGCAGCCGAUGGAGAACGUCAAGCUGCACGACGUAGGGAGUCUGUUGCGGAGGGAUUCUCGUAGAGAUUCCCGCAGAGACUCCCGGGUGUAA